UAGUGAAUGAGGCAGGGUGCUGGAACACAAAAUCUGAUCUUUUGUUUUCUCUUUUUGCUUCCAGACUCCCCUCAAUUGUUUUCUCUCUCUGUUUCUUCCGCAGAGCUCCUGUGUGAUGUCAGACUCCCUUUCAGAUGAGAGAACAUGGUGGGGUUUUUGUCUGAGACAUCAUAUUUGUCGCCACAUCAAAUAAUGGCGUCAUUACAAAGCUUACUGAAUCUGGAUGACAUAUUACAAGAUGUUAUGGCGCUUGUUUGUGAAGGAGGAUCUGUGCAACUUUUUAUAUUGUUUCUUUCUUAAAGUUACUUUAGUUUAUUUCCCAUUCAAAUAAGCGAAUGCCCUCCAUAAUCUAUAAAACUUUGGUCCUGAUUCUUCAAGACCUGAAUCUUUAUAGCAUCAAUCCACUUCAUGGCUGACAGAAAGCAAGAGAUGACACCACAGUCUUGUAAUCUUUCCAGUUGCAGACCAGACUUUAAUAUGUCUCUGAGCUGAUUUGUGCGAUCUGAUUUUGACUUCUGGAGAGUAUUUUUUGACUUGAGGGUCACUGGAAUGCAAAGCACUGCCAUCACAUCUCAUAAACAUCGGAAACUUGUGUUCUAACUUAGAAUUGCCAAGAAGCUUAUGAUGUUCAGAGGGAGAAGGAGGACCUUGCUACUUAGAAGAAUAAAAGAGUAUUUUUUGAAACUCAAAUGAAAUCACCAGCUAAGCCAGAGAAACCAUGCCAUUUUUGGGCCAAGACUGGAGAUCUCCUGGAUGGAGGUGGGUUAAAACAGAAGAUGGAUGGAAACGAUUUGAACCUUUCGGACAUGCGCUUCAGAGUGGGAACAGUCAGCUUAAUGACAUCAGUCACACUGUCAUCUUAACUGGUGAUGAUGAUGAAGAAAUGUACGCUUCUGAGGAUUGUGAACUUGCGGCGAAGAAAAGGAAGAAAGAUCACUGCAGGAAUAGCACAGAUUCACAAUGUUUUUAUCGUGAAAAUUGGAUUUAUGUUCAUAAGGAAAGCACCAGAGAAAGACAUGGCUAUUGCACUUUGGGAGAAGCUUUUAAUCGCCUAGAUUUUUCAAGUGCAAUUCAGGACAUCAGAAGGUUCAACUAUGUGGUCAAACUUUUGCAGCUAAUUGCAAAAUCCCAGUUAACUUCAUUGAGUGGUGCAGCACAGAAGAACUACUUUAACAUUUUAGACAAAAUUGUGCGGAAAGUCAUGGAAGAUCACCAUAAUCCACGAUUAAUCAAAGAUCUUCUACAAGAUUUGAGUUCCACUCUUUGUAUACUGAUCAGGGGAGUAGGAAAAUCUGUUCUGGUAGGGAACAUUAAUAUUUGGAUUUGCCGACUAGAAACUAUCCGCUUGUGGCAGCAGCAGCUAAAAAAUCUUCAGAUGAACAAGCAAGUCAACAAUGGUCUUACGCUCAGUGAUCUUCCUCUACAUAUGCUGAGUAACAUCUUACACAGAUUUUCUGAUGGCUGGGACAUUAUUACAUUGGGUCAAGUGACCCCAACUUUGUACAUGCUCAGUGAAGACAGACAGUUGUGGAAAAAACUAUGCCAGUACCAUUUUGCCGAAAAGCAGUUUUGUAGGCAUUUGAUUCUGUCAGAGAAGGGUCACAUUGACUGGAAGCUGAUGUACUUUGCGCUUCAGAAAUACUACCCAAAAAAGGAACAGUACGGAGACACCUUGCAUUUCUGUCGACACUGUAGUAUUCUGUUUUGGAAGGAUUCAGGACACCCCUGCACAGCCAGUGAUCCAAACACCUGUCUCAUGCCAGUAUCUCCUCAGCAUUUCAUUGAUCUCUUCAAAUUUUGAGAUGUUCAGUAACUGUUCUCCUGUGUUGUGGUCAUUUCUGUGAGGAGGAGUCGGGCAGGGUGUGUUAUGCUCUUCAUGCAAUGUAUUUGUUUUGUCGUGGCUCAAAAAAAGCAUGGGGAGCUUAUCAGACAGGUGUUGUUGGAGUGUUGUUUCUCAGCAGAAAUGAGCUGAGGAGAGGACAUUAAAAAAAAAUCUUUGAGAAACCUAUAAUCUUUUUAAUCUCAAUUUUAAAUCCAUUUUGAUGCCUUAAUAAUUGCUUAAAAUUAUGUGAGGGAAUUUCCAAGAUUUUUUGGAGUUAAACUGUACUUACAGGGACCAAAUGACUUCUUUCUGUUGUUGCUAAUUUUUUCUUUAAGCUACUGUUUUCAAAACACUUCCAUAUAAUUUGCACCACGAUAAAGAAUAGGUUAAUAAUUCCCUUGGACUCAAACCAGUUACCUACAAGGCAUUAAUCGUUGAGAGCUAGUGAAUAAAAUAAAGCUGUUGUUGGACAGAUAACUAGAGGAAAUCGACCAAUUUUUAUACAUAUUAUGUAAAAGUAUUUAUUUUUCUUAAGAGGACUUUAUUAAAUAUGUAACCGAUCUCAGCAUACUCCAUAACUCGAGACAGAUGUGGGGCUACUGGAAAGUGACUUCUAUGACUGUUGCUAGAGCUUUCAUUUAUAGUGCUCGCUAUGUCUACAAAUGCAACUGCAUUAAUUCAUCUUCUAAGAAGAAGACGACGUUACUGGAAUUUAAUGGGAAUGGAGUUGCCUGUUUCUAGACUGCAGCAGGACACGAUGUGACAAGCUGAGGCUCUGAGCUGACUUUACAGGCUGUGGGAAAUCCUGGCAGUCAGUCUGAGCAGGAGGAGCUUCUGCUAGGUUAAUCAGAUAAUCAAUUCCCCAGGAAAUCAUUUUAUUCUAAUCUGUAGUGCAAAAGGAAUUGCCAAGCUUAGAGAGGUACAGGAAAAAAAUGGCAGAAAUCUUGGUUUUCUUGAUGAAAUUUAACCAAUAAAACAUAAUGUACAGAAAAAUAAAACUUAUUCUAUUCUCUGA